UAUCUUGCAACGAUUUUUGAAAAAAAGGCCGUUUACAAUUUUUGUCUGGCAAACUUACAAAUAUUACACUUUUGCAACGCAAUUGUAUUUUGGUAUUUAAACAUGAUCCAUUUGAAAGCCCAGAAGCGAUCCCAACCUUGAUCCGAAUUAAACCGAUCAAAAAUUUCGGUCGUUUCGGCAUGAGUUCCCCAAAAAGUGCGUUCGGUAUUUUCGUAUCUGCAUCCGUGGGGCUUCUAAAUGGUGCUUUAAAUCCAAACAUAUCCAUACGCACUUGUGUGCGAAUCAAAAUGUAUUGGCAGAGACCGAAAUAAAGUGCACAUGGCUCGCCGCCGAUUGAUAAAAGAUAAAAAUAAAGAGAUCGGUCUCUCUUCAUGCGGAAUGUUCGCUCGCAUUUGCCUGUAAAUUCUCGAAGGGAACGCGUGCAUUUCGAAGCACCGAAGCACCCAAGGUGAUUACAUAAAGCCAGAAAACCGAACCAUGCAGAGGGCCAUCAAGAAGGAGCUCAGCUUCUCGCUGGACACGCUGGAGCGCUACAGGGCCAAAUACGGACGCAGUGCAUCGCUGGACACGAACGGCUCUUCAAUUGCCCACACAGACAGCGAGCCGGCUGCUCCUCCUCCGCCUGCUGCGUCCUCGAUCUUCACAAAGUCCAACUCACCACCGAAAAUGACCAAGUUGCAGGAGCUGCAGCAGAAGAAGGAGGCCUAUUUGAGGGCCCGGGAGCACGAGCGGGAAAUGGAGCAGCUGCAGCGCACGGAGAGAAGGCCGACAAACGGCCUGGAUACGCCCAAGCCCAAGACGGCAAGUCCCCGGAGUACUUCCCCCACUCCCAGUGCCACCACUGCUGUGGCCACCAAGUCCUCCAGUCCGGCCGGCUACUCCAACUGGUCCAACAGCCACGCCACACUCUGCUCGCAGGCCUGGGUGGCGAUCUCCGAGCUGAUGUACUUCUGCGACAAGUACGAGUUCACCACACUGAGCACCCGGGACCUGCGGACGCACCAGGAGAUCGUGGCCGAGGUGCGGGCUCUGCUGUCCGGCAAGGCGCCCUUCGACCAGCGCACCCGCUUUCCCGGCAACAUUCACGAUCCGGAGAACCUGUGGGUCUGCAUCGGGCGCUGUGCCAGCGUGGAGUACCACCUGCAGCGCAUCGUGAGCAUCUUCCGGAAACCCCUCAACCAGCUGACGCCGGACAAACAGCGGACUGUGCGCCAGAACUUCCACCUGGCGGUCAGCGAGCUGCGGCUGGACAUCUCGGCGCGGAUCAGCGAGGUGCGGCUGUACGAUCGCCUGGUCUUCGAGCGCGAGUUCCGGCUGGAGUGGCAGGAGGCGGAGGCCUAAGGGAUGAGAAGGACGGCAGGAUCAGUGGGUAGAUAGUAACGUUUAUUGGCAACUCUUCGCUCUUUUGCGGUGCGCGGUGGAAAAAACGGUUACAAAAAUACACUUGGACACGGGAGGCCGGAGCAAAGAGCAUUCGAAUGCGGUACUCGAUGUGCUGCGUGCUCCAUUCAACAUACAUAUAAGAGGUAUUUCGUCAACGGAUAAUCAUUGAUUGGCUCUACUCACACAUAUUAUAACUGAUUUAUAGUCAAUUUUCUUUUGAAGAAAAU